AUGGGCCAAGAUAAAGGCAGAGGGAGAGGUAGAGUCAUCAACUCUCAACCUAGCGAGGAAGUUCACCAAAGCCGCCCCAGUAGUCAAGGGACCCCACUGCCCCCACCCUCAGAGAAUGAUCUGGUGGCUGUAAUGGCCAAUCAAACCCGCCUAUUGGAGGCCCUAGCGCAGACAGGAAUCAACAAUCAAGGUUAUGGACCUCAGAAUAAGAUGGCAGAGUUUAUGAGGAUCAAACCUCCAACCUUCGACAGUACCGACGACCCCUUAGAAGCUGACGACUGGCUUAGGGCAAUUACCAAGAACCUCAAGGUCAUCAAUUGUGAAGGCCAAGAGAGGGUGAAUUUAGCAGCCCAUCAGCUCACUGGGUCUGCAGCGGAAUUGUGGGAGAACUAUUACGAGGCAUCGGUGGAUGCAGAUACCAUCACUUGGGAGGAAUUCUGCGGAGAAUUCCGAAAGUACCAUGUACCGAAGGGUACUAUGGAGAUGAAGUCUGAUGAAUUCCGUAACCUAAAGCAGGGAUCAAUGACAGUGAACCAGUACAUUCGAAAGUUCAUCCGCCUGUCUCGAUAUGCCCCGAAAGAUGUGUCAACUCACAAGAAGAAGCAAGAUCGCUUCAAGAAAGGGCUGAUUUGUAGCUUAUAUGUCCAGCUCGUGCAUGUCAUCUACCCUAACUUUAAUACUAUGAUGAACAAGACCCUCCUCCUGGAAGAGGCCCGUGCACCUAUAGAGGCAGAGAGAAAGAGAAGGUUCUUUGACCAGAAGCACCAGGGUAAUAUGUUUCAAUGGGCAGGACCCAACCAACGCCAAAAAGUCCAGUAUCGGUAG